AUGACGUCGACCAGCGCUCCUGCGGUGGACUUCUCGUGCGCUAUCUGCUUCGAUACCGCCACAGAGCCAGUCGUCACCCGCUGCGGCCACCUCUUUUGCUGGGAAUGCCUCGAUCACUGGCUGCACAGCGCGGCUGGCGCGCCAGAGUGUCCGGUUUGCAAAGGCCGGGCCGAUGAGCGGAUGGCUGGUGAUAUCAUUCCCUUGUACGGCAAGGGCCGACAGCCGGCGACAAAGGAGGGCAGUGGCCAAAGUACUGUCUCCGCAUCAGCAACGACAACUGCAGCCGCGACAACCGCCACAGAGAGCGCUGCGACCGUUUCCGACCCGGCACAGGAGGCAUUUUUCAGCCGCCCUAGCGCUUACAGUUUUGCCCCCGCUCGCGACACACGACGUGCGGCCCCGGCGUCCUCGCAAGAGCAGCAGCCGGAACAACAGCACCACCCGCGCCCAAACGCUGAUCGUGCGCCGCCGCGCCCUCGCCAGCAGCAGCGUCACCAGUUCCAAAAUGUCCACAUAAAUCGCGGUGGCAUGCCGCUGACCAUGGGCAGUGGCAUCUUUUUCUUCGGUGGCGGUACAGGGGUGCUUUUCUCCAUCCUUGUCGUGGCGAUCUGGACCCUGUACCACUACGCGCCGUGGCGUGAGUGGGUGCAGGUGCUGGGGCGCUGGUACAACCGCCUGCGCGGUUACCCGGAGCCGGCGAACACGAGUCAGGAAGAGCACGAGGCGGCAACGGACAGGUCGACCCGGGCACGGACACCACCAGCCGCCGCGCACCCAGCCUCUGCAGCUUCCUCGAUGGAAGACCCUAACAACGAUGUUUCGCCGCCAACCGUUGUGCGCCACUUGAUCCUUAGCCUCUUUCUCGUCUUCAUUUUGAUCCAGCUUUUGGCGUACGUGUAG